AUGCAGAUGCGGCGCAACGAGCUGGGGAAGGGCAAAGCCUCAGAUUUCGCGAAGGAGAUUUUUCUUGCGUUUAAGCAGGUGAUGCAGGCCGCAAAGCUUGUAGAAGAACAGCGCCGAGCACUCACUGGCUUCAUGGAUCUGUCUGUGAAGUCGGAGGAGGAGGCGGCUGCCGGGCAUGACAUUGCUGGCGCCUUGGAGAAAUAUGGAGCCGCAUCCUACUGGGUGGAGCAGCGGGACCAGCUUCUUGGUCGCCUUGAGUCCUUUGAGACUACCCACUCGCGUGUUAUAGCCGGCACCGAAGUGCCGCAGUUGUGUAACCGCCUGCGCGUCUACGUAAAGACCGUGUUUACUGAACACGUCAUAAAACCACAGGAGCUGAAUGCGUCACAGGUAGAUGUGGCGGAGUUGCUCACGUUUUUCAGCGGCAGUGGCGGCAGGGCCCUAGUGGUGGAUGUAGCGCUGGCAAAGUUUUUUGACAUUGUCGAAAACAUGCGCGUGAGAGCUCCCGAGCUGUGGGCGAUGAACUACCUGUUGCACUGGUACGGCGUCGAAGAAGGUAUCAUGCUGGCGCACGAGGCAGAUGUAGUCGAUGGUGGAUUCAAGCAGCAGGGCGGCGGCGCCUUUGAAGAGCAGUUUCUCGCACAGGAGAACAAAUUGGUGGUUUCCCAGGUCCUCGUGCCGCAAUGUUGCGCCGUAACGCGCUGUGACGAGGCGACAGCCAAGGCUUGGGUGGAGGCCUGCGUUCGCGGCGAAGUUACAGAGAGACACGCGACAGAGGGAGCAUCUUCAACGUGGCCGGGGGCGCCUCCAGCCUCGCUUCCGCCGGCGUACCGUCUUGCGCGCAACCUGAGCUACUACUGGAAAGAGGCGGGUGAGGAUAAAGUAGACCGCAUUGCUGGUGAACUUGAUGGUGUUAUCUAUGACGCCACCACCCGCCAGGUUUUGUUUGUGCUAGAGGCAAAGCAGAACAUUGCCGAUUUAGGCAAGGCAUUCAAGCAGAAGGAACGACUGUACAACGCGCUGGAUGCUGCAUGGAAGACUUUGUCGCAGGCAUCUGAGGAGACGUCGCUGACGGCUGUCCAGCUGUCGGCCGAAAAGGAGAUAAAGACGGCAACUACCACUGCCGCAGGCCUGAAUGCGACCCCCGCUGAAGAAGCCGUAUGCGCGGCCUCCACUAAGCUGCACACCAACCCGGCGGAGCUUCACUUUUUUCCGACUCCAACGCCAGCAGCGGAAACAGCACGCGAAAAAUUGUCCCUGGAUGAAGGCUCGCCGGUGACCGGUGUGGGCACAGAUUCCGCUGCAAACUUCCAAGACCUGCAGAAUUCCGACGACACGGCCGCCGCAGCUGCGCCACCCGCUCGCUUGAAGGCAGCUGCAGACCGCCCCGCGACUGCUUGUAAGCCCUUUUUCACUCAAGACAACUUUUCCACUUUCUUCGGGGCAACUGCGAGUGCGGUGCACUGUGAUCCCACGGGACCGACUCCGACCCCAACAGGAAGCGAUGAUAUGAUGCCUCAACAUUUGGGACGAGAUGAGCGAUGGGUUUAUUUAACCUCCUUGUCUACAGGGAACUCUUCCGGUGCAAGAACUACAGCGCCUGCUCCUGGUGGUACCAUACACAUGGCGGAGUUGAUGCUCGUAAAGGCUGCGUGCGACUCUGUCGCCGAAGCAUACAACAGAUUUUUUGACAUUGGCACGCUGCCACGGUCGGCGACGCCGGCUCUGCAGUCUCUCGUGUCAGAGAUGCGGGUGUGCUCUGCUUACGCGUCUGAAACAAAGCCAAUGGCUCCUUUUCAUCUCUCUCUUGAGCUUCCCCCGAAGGAGUGCAUCAGUGCCCGGCCAGGGACAGCGGCGGUGAGCCGGUCGGGUCCGUACGAGUAUGUCCUUCAUCUGUUCCGCCAUGAUGUUCGGUGCAAAGACGGCACGGCAGCUCUCGAGCAGGUACGGCUGCGGAAGAACUUCAUUGAUGGCCUCGUCUUUUCUGAGCACUCCCUCAUGGUAGCGGUCAACACUGUCGUCAAACAAAUGGCUCGCAGAUGGAAGGGUGUGCCGUCGUUCUGCGACGUACUACAGAUGUUGAUGCAGCAACACUGCGUACGAAAUCUGGUGAUGAUUGUCAGUGAUGCGGCAGCGGGUGUGUAA